CGCCCCGGCCCCGCCGCUCCGGGCCCCGCCGCUCCCGCUCCCGCUCCCGCCGCGCUGGGGGCGCCCGCCGCUGCCGCCGCCGCGCUGCUCGGCUCUGCCGCCGGGGCUGCGGGCCGGCCCGGUGCGGCGCGGCUGGCCAGGGCAGGGCAGAGCCCGGCAGAGCCCGGCAGAGCCCGGCGCAGCCCGGCGCGGCUGGGCUCGGCCUUGCGGGAGGGCGGCUGCGACCCGCCGCGGCCGGCGAUGGGCGAUGGAAGGAGCCGGCGGUGCGGCAGAAGCACUUGCGUGGGAUAAUGAUGUAUCGGCUCAUGCCCAGACUGUUGCCAAGGCCAAAUAUGAGUUUUUAUUUGGCUUGGAAGAAGAGAAGCCUUCAGAAAUGGGUAGUGGCCAUGGAAGCAGCACUUUGCUCCCUCAUACCAUCAUCAAUGAAUUUCCAGAAUAUGGCACUGUAGAACCAAGCAGAGAUGGGCUGAGGACUUCAUCACCACGCCAGGCAGAGCCUUUGACACACAGUGCAGAAAGACGGGACAGCCACCACCGGGUACCUGGCAGGCCCCUUCCUCAGCAUGCGGUUCCUGCAGAUGAUUUGAGUCCUGAUGCUGGGGCAGCGCAGCUGCACACUCCAGAAGAAGGCUUGCAACCUGCGGGUAACCUGCCAGAGAUUAUGAAAAUCUCUCGACGGCUGGAAGCAACAAAGGUGCAAGAGAGAGCAAAUACUUCUCCUGAUUCAGAGACGCAAAUGGAAAAAAAGAGCGUUACUGGCAGCCAAAAUGUGCAGGCAGCCAGAGAACCAGUUCCAGCAGGCCAAGAAAAACCCUCAGACAUGCCUCUUCCAUCUGAACGAACAGCUGAGGAAAAAAUGCAUUUGAUCGCAGGGAAAGAUCUGGCUGCAAUAUGGACUGGAGAAAAGCAGUCCGAAUCCUUGCAAACCAUCAGUAAUAAAGCUGAGGAGGUCCACACAGCGCAGGAGACAAGCUGUCACAGACCAUCUGUGAAAAACCUGGAAGCAGCCAGCAGAGUGGAGGGGUGGGCGCAUUUUGAGGAGUCUUCGGCGUACAGUCGAGGCAAAAUGCAAAUGGGUCCUGAGAGGAGGCUCUCUAAAGAGGCAGCUGUGAGCAAACAUGUAGAAUUUCAAGGGGUGGAGAUUUUAUGGCUGCAAAAAGCUGAGGAGCAGAGAAGAAAGAAGCACUCGCUGCUGGAGACUGUGUCCUUGGAGAGGAAGGCGUUCCCCAAAACGUCCAGCCACCCUGUGCCACCAAUGGUCUCCCCGGCCUUGGUCUCCUCACCAGACAGCAUUUGGACCGAGGUCUGUGAGGACCCAAGGCUGGGACUGACUGUCUCUGGAGCCAGUCCUCUGGCACUGCUCAGUGAAAGCGGGGAGGAUGAAGUUUUUGUGAAGGACGAGAAGAACCGUGGCGAGGAGGAGAUGGCUGUGCUAGCGAUGGGCCAGGGCAGGAUAAUGGAAGAGGGGGAAGCAGCCAUGGGAGGAUAUGAAGAUGUUCUCGGGCAGAGGCACUCCGAUGUCUCCACUGAUCUGUACAGCUCACAGUUUGAAAACAUCCUAGACAAUGCAUCUUUAUACUACAGUGCGGAGUCGCUGGAGACGUUGUACUCGGAGCCCGACAGCUAUUUCAGCUUUGAGAUGCCACUUACUCCCAUGAUCCAGCAGCGCAUGAAGGAGGGCGGCCAGUUUUUAGAUCGGACAUCAGCCUCGGGGCAGCCAGAUGUCCUGCAGCUUCCCCAUGAUGGGGAGGUGAAGGGCUGUGGUGAAGGCAUUGCCAAUGGCUUAAGGGACGUAAGCGAAACACUCUUCAGAGGAGACGUCACGGAAAUCCCUCGUUCGGAAAGCAAUGCUGAACGGCAGAGUGUGGUGUUAGACUCCAGCACUGCCAUGGGGAGCAAUGAACUUCAGGAGAAAGAUGGCACCGGGUCCUUUGGCCAUGAUCUCAGCAAUGGCAGCAGCACCAAUUUGGAAGCAGCCAGGCGCCUGGCUAGGCGCCUCUACCAUCUGGACAGAUUCAAACGCUCCGAUGUGGCAAAGCAUUUGGGUAAAAACAACGAAUUCAGCAAGCUUGUGGCCGAAGAAUACCUUAAGUUUUUUGACUUCACAGGCAUGACGCUGGACUGCUCGCUCAGGAGUUUCUUUAAAGCCUUUUCACUUAUUGGAGAAACUCAGGAACGAGAGAGAGUUUUAAUCCACUUCUCCAGCAGAUACUACCAGUGCAACCCAAACACCAUUUCUUCUCAAGAUGGAGUUCACUGUCUCACGUGUGCUAUGAUGCUGCUGAACACAGACCUGCAUGGCCAUAACAUUGGGAAAAAGAUGAGCUGCCAAGAGUUCAUUACUAACCUCCAGGGGAUGAACGAUGGCAAAGACUUUCCGAAAGGGCUGUUGAAGGCCCUCUACAAUUCAAUCAAGAAUGAGAAGCUGGAAUGGGCAGUGGAUGAAGAAGAGAAAAAGAAGUCUCACUCAGAUGGUACAGAUGAAAAGGAUAAUGGGAGCCAGACGAAGGCUGUCAGUCGGAUUGGCAACUCAAAUAACCCAUUCCUGGAAAUCCCUCAUGACCCCAAUGCUGCUGUGUAUAAAACUGGAUUUCUGGCUCGGAAAAGCCAUGCAGAUAUGGAUGGAAAGAAAACUCCCCGGGGAAAGCGAGGCUGGAAAACCUUUUAUGCUGUGCUGAAGGGAACAGUCCUGUACUUGCAGAAGGAUGAAUAUAAGCCAGAAAAGGCUUUGUCGGAGGAAGAUCUGAAGAAUGCAGUUAGUGUGCAUCAUGCGCUGGCAUCCAAGGCAACAGACUAUGAGAAGAAACCCAAUGUCCUCAAGCUUAAAACAGCAGAUUGGAGGGUCCUGCUUUUCCAAGCCCAGAGCCAAGAAGAAAUGCAAACCUGGAUCAACAAGAUUAACUGUGUGGCUGCCGUCUUCUCUGCACCGCCAUUUCCAGCAGCAAUUGGCUCCCAGAAGAAGUUCAGUCGCCCACUCCUGCCAGCCACCACUACAAAGCUAUCUCAGGAUGAACAGCUGAAGUCGCAUGAAGCUAAGCUGAAGCAGAUCUCCACUGAGCUUGCUGAACAUCGCUCCUAUCCUCCUGACAAGAAGCUCAAAGGCAAGGAAGUAGAUGAUUACAAACUGAAGGACCACUAUCUGGAGUUUGAGAAAAAUCGCUAUGAGAUUUACGUGGGCCUCCUGAAAGAAGGGGUGAAGGAGCUGCUGAGUGGAGGAGAAAACGAUGCGCCAGGACUGAAGAAAUCCCACUCGAGUCCCUCGUUGAAUCAGGAGUCUCCAGUUAGUGCCAAGGUGAAACGCAAUGUCUCGGAGAGGAAGGACUACAGGCCAGAAACACCCAGCAUUAAGCAGAAGGUCACUUAGGGUGGAAAUGACAACUAGGGGAACAGCCAUGCAGCAAAGUACCGGUGGUCAAAAUUUUUUCAUUUAAUAACCUGUCAUUCACAAAAAAUAAGUGCAUCUGCCUGAAUGGGGUGUUAGUGACAUUUUCUAUUGUAUAUUUUGCUGUUUCUGUGCAGAUUGUGGGAGAUGUCUUUGCUCCUGCUUUGCUUUGCUUUGUUAAUUUAUCAUUUAGCAAUUGAAGCAUCGGGACUUUUUUGUGUUGUUCUGUUUCUAAAGGAGCUGGGGGAGGGGUAGAGCGCUGUGACGUAUAUUCUGUCUCUUCCCCAUUUAUCUCCUCCCAUCGGCACGUGGCUUUCAUCUCUCAAGUCACUUGUCACUUUAUUUACGUGGUGGGUGGGAAAGUAACUGGACAAAUGCUGCAGUGCUGUGAAUGUGAGCUGUAGCUGUGAGAAGAGCUGUGCAAAUGGGCAGCUGCAGAAGGUUGGCUAGAGCCUAGGGUGCUGGGAACACUGGUUUCCUCACAAUGCAGAGCAUGUGGGUACUGGUACUUAGCAGCAGGUGCUACAGCGAAUAGUCACUGCUGCUUAUUGUUAUUUUGUGGACCCAUGAGUGCGAAGGAGUGAAACCUGGAAACCUCUGGCAAUGCUGGGAUGACAGCAUUGGAAUAAUUUGUUUGCUUCUUUCCAAGCAUAGAGUCUUCUGAGUUAGCAGGCUGGGGGGUAUCCAAACCUGUGCUGUCUCUGUGGUCAGGGAGAUUAGGGAUUACCCAGUCAGAAUGAACCUGGGCUUUAAAUUUAUUUGCAGAGGAGGCUGCUGUAGAUGUCAGCCAUUAGCAUUGUAUUUUAAAGACAAAGGGCCUCUGUGUAGUUUUUAACUAUACGCUCUCACUUAGCUGCUAUAUAAAGCCUUAUGAUAUAUUGUGCCCCGAUGCUCCCCCUUUCAGGAGUUCCCUUGUUGGUGUGCACAGAUAGGUGUUUGCAAUUUCUCUGCUAGUGACAAAGCACUUUGCCUUUUCUCUUCAGGAAGGGAUUCUCCACAGCUCUCUGUUUUCCUGCUUUAGCUCCCAUAUAGGUGGAAGAGGCUGAUGCAGACUGGAGAAAGGGACAGACCUGUCCCCACUGCAGGCCAGGGUUUGAUGCCGUCCUGGCUCCUCUGUGCCUGGAGGCCAGCACAAGGCAGCUCCAGGUUUGGCAGAUCCUACCCUCUACCCUCAGGGAACCAGCCCACCUUGCAGCUCCUGCGUACCCUGCACCAGGCUUUCAGAGGGUAGUGCAGGACAGGGAGAGACCACCGUAGGUAGAGCUUUCCGUACCUGAAAGCCCCUGUUUGUGCCACAGGUCCCUGGGGUGGCCAGCAGUUUUUAGGCACAGGGAGUUGAAAGGUGGUAUAGAAAUCAUUUUCCUGCUUCCCAGGUCCUGUCACCUGGGUGGCAUCAUGGCUCUGCAGAUAGUUCUGGCUCACCUGUUACUUAACACCCUGGGUUUUAACCUCGAGGUUAAUACUGGCCCACUGGCCAGGUGUCUCAGACAGGCGUCUCCCAUUUUGCCUUGCCGUUCCCCUAUGCGGAGUACUACAACCAAACUGGCUUUUCCCGCAGAGCACCUUGGGAGGUAAUGUUGAGGGCCAGUUGAAAUUUGUUUGUUGCUGUUAUUUUUGUUGUGCCUAGCACAGGGCAGCCUUCCUGACGGAUAUAAUUCUUAAUUCAUAAAGAAAUGUCAAGAUCAAUGCAAGGACUGUUUAGAAGUGAGCUGGUGUUUCUAGCCUAAGUAGUCGAAGGGCCACACAUCAAAAAAAUUACCACCUGAGUGGAUUUGUGCUCUGGCAGACUUCAUGAAGGGUCCAAGUCAGUUAAUACAGCUUGUUGAACUGUCAGUUCAGUGGGCAGGACAGGGAGUGAUCAAAGAGAGAAGGGCCUUAAUAGGCACCUCAUGGCUUACCUCCACUACUGAGGACCACCAUGCAACAGCUUUCCCAGUGUUGUGCUUGCUGUUGGCUGUAACAUAGAUGUUGCACUCUCCGAUUCUGGGAAGUGUUGGAGCAAAUCGAUCCUUGCAGCUGCAGCCUGGCAGCAAAACCAGAUGGGACUGUUUCCACAUGUGAUGUUGGGAUGCACACACGUCUGGCAUCUGCCACCGAGAGUGGCCGUCCCAUGCUAGAAGUAAGGCGGACAGCCCCUAACCCUGGCAACAUUGCUAAAAACUGCAAUGCAGAGUCCUGAACAGAAACGAUCAGCACUUCCCAAGUGCUGGGCCUUUAGGAGUUGUGCAUGCUUAGAGUGGAGCAAAUGUUCAGUCCUCUUCCUGAAGAAGGGAGAUGCCUUUUGCUGCUGGAGUCAAAAUGAUGUGGUGCAGGAUGCUGUAUCGGGACACUCGGUGUAGGCAGGUGCAUGGUAGUGCUCAUUGGGAGGGAUUGUUUGAAUUGAUCAAGUGUCAUAGAUCAACAGCUCGUGGAGGGGAAACAAAACCAGGAGAUCCCUGCAGCUGUUGAUCAUGCUCUGGUGGUUUAAAACAAACAAGCAGAAGAGAUAGAAGAAUAAAUUCAUUUGGGUAAUGCCGAAUGCACAUUUGAGAAGAAAACUUGUACUGUCUGAGAUAGUGUUAGGAAGCAUGCAGCAGAAACAACUAAAAUGUACAGAUUUGUAAAUGGGCCUUGCUUGGCUGUCAGGGUGGGGUUGUGUAGAUGCGUUUUUUGAAGGCAGGCUCUGGAACAUGCCCAGCAAACAAACCCAACAUGCCCAUAAUCUUGUGAUUAUGGAGUUCAGUGCUUUAAAAGGCAAAGAGGUGACAUUUAACUUUUUUUUUUCCCCUGGCUUUUAAAAUAUUCUGGUUGCUGUAGACUGCAGUUAAAUUGCUAAGCUCAAAAAGAAAUCAUUCCUGUAAAAUGCAUUUCCCAGCUUUGAUACAGAAACUGGAUAAUUCCUCUCCAAAGUCAUCGCAGGAGAUGAUUUGAAGCAAUAGGAAAGUCAAAAAGUGAACUGCAAAAAUUUUUUUUUUCCAUUUUUCAUUAUUUAUUCUCUAUUUCCAUGUAUACUUGUAAACGGAUUAGGGUAUAUAUUUGAAGUAUCAUCUGGGCUUAGCAAAUGCAGUUUUUAACUGCAUUUUUUACCCAUUAAACAUUUGUUGAGCUUGCUGCACUCUUGGUAAGACUGCUGAGGUGUGCACAUUAGUUUACUGAGACUUUGUUAGGUUCUGCUCAAGUUUUAAUUAACACCAUUUUGCUCUGUUGCUUUACAAAUUCUAGGUAUCCCAGACACCCAUGUGAAAAUGCACAUUUCGGAGGCCAAGAAAAAAGGUGAUCCUGUUGUGAAUGCUUAAAGCUCCUGGACUCCCUUGGGAAUAGGAUCAUCUACUAAGCAGUACUGUAAUUUGCUUUUCUUCCCCCUGAUGCUAUUGUAAAGGGUGAGGGCAGGUUCUGAUGCUGUCUCAGCAGUGCAUCCAGCCCUCCUCUGGGACCCACUCUGCUCCUGACCUUGGUAUCAGUGGAGCAGCCUGCAGCUUUCUGGGGGUGCUCAGUGCAAGCAGGAGUUGCGGGCAGACCACCACAAGCCCAUGUGCGUGCAAGCCAGCCUUUGCAUUGGUGCUGCAGGGAGGUGUCAUCCUUCCUUGUUAUCCUCCCUGCUGCAGCGUGCAACCGUCGCUCACCAAAGCCUCUGCCUGUGUGUUGAGAGGGGAGAUAAAAGGCGGGAAGUAGGAUGGGGGCAAUGGGUCCUUGCAUCCCCCCCUCUCAAGAUGCAGACAGAGGUCCUGGAGAGACCCAUCCUGCUCUGAAGCAUUGCUGGUUGCUCCCCCUCCAUGGGCUGGACUAUCUCCUCCCCCCAACUUGGGGAGAAGGAGCAGGAGAGGACCUCACUGCAUCUGCACCUGACAGCAGAGAGGCAAGAGAGGACAAAAUUGCCUUCCCCUCUUCUCCCUCAGCAACCAUAGCAGGUGAGAUACUUUCCCAAAGCCAAAACCAUACUCUCCUCUGUAAGCCAGCAGGAUGGAGAGGUCUGGUUGAGAUGGUUUUCAUUCAGCAGCAGCUGCGAAAGAGACUCUCUGGGCAGGCUGUGUGUUUAUGUGCGUCUUGCACAUAAAUCACGCAUGGACCAGUGAACAUCACUGCAGCUUUUUAAUCCAGUAUUUAUGUUGUGUCUUUAAUUGAUGUAGAGAGAUAAGUCAGCCAGCAGAGUGAUUAAUGCAGUGUUGCUGGGGGGGAACGCUGUUCAGCUGCAACGCUGACUCAAGACAGUUUUUCGUCUAUAGCCAGCCACUUGUAAAUGGUUACCAGAAGCUUUCUAAGGGCUUUUAACAGCUCAUCCCUUAAGUGCUUUCCCUCUGAUCCCACCUGCUCCCAGGGUUCAAUCUGUCCAUGUUUGGGGGCUCUCCUGGAGAGCGGUGCUCAGAGCAGCCCUGCUUUGAGCAGGAGCUUGGACUAGCAGACCUCCAGAGACCAGAAUUGUUUGGUGACUUUUCACAGUUCUAGUGCCUUCUGGUAACAAGGCCGUUCCUCUGGCUUGAAACGGUCAGUAAUUUUGCCCUUCUCCAGUUGGGGCAUGAGGUUCUCGCUUGAGCAGCCCCUUCAGUGAGGAGGUCAUUGUGGCAAUGAAGAAAGUCGAAGGUGGCAGGGUUAUCACUGGGCUUCUGGAGGUAUUGCAUGGCAAUGUCGUUCUUGAAAGCGGGCAAGGCUUUUCUCUGCAGAAGACAUACCACUUACCGUGUCUGCAUUCUCCAUCCCUAAAUCAAUUUUGGCCUUAUCGCAGUUAGUCUGACAGCUCCUCCUCCUUUUCUGUCAAGCUGCUCCUGUCUGUCAUCUUAGCACCUCAGCUGCUUCUGUAUAACAGGUCUCCUUCCUUCCAUGCUUGCAGAAAUCCGGAAAAUUUGACUGUCCCAUCUUGCCUUGAGAAAACCUGCUCUGAAGCAGCGCUGUGUUGAAUGGAUAACCCUGUGAACAGCUUUUUCAUUCUGCUUGUUGGUAGCCUAUGUUUCCAGCCACAGUUAUAGCUGGGAGGUGCGAGACAGAGUUUCAGACUGCCAUGAUCCUCUACUGUUAUGCUGCAGGGACGCAAGGUCCCCCCUCCCACGCUCAGACCAGACACUUGUGACAUUCCUAGUCUCCUUUCCAAAAGUCUUGGAGGCAGAGGCAACCCAUGCUGUGGGGAAACUUUGAAAUGCUGUUUUGCAAGGAGUUGGGUACUUUCCAAAUCAGGCCAUACAUUUUGCAGCUUUUUGGGGAGCUGUAUUUAAAAAAAAAAAAAAAAAAGCCAUUUUCAACCAGUGCCCCGCCAAGCACAGAGAGAUGGUAUCCAGGUUGUCGGAAACACCAGCUGCUUUUUUAGAGGCAAAGGCAGUAUAUGCAUCUUAUCUCAAGCAAUCUUCCAGCUUGCUACUUGUUUAAACUUUCCCCAGUAUUGCUCUUCCCAGGCUCUGGGACAUCAUGUCUGGUCUGAGAGGGCAGUUACGAAGUCCACAUUUCUCCCCAGAGCUCCCCAGUGUGUCUUCCCAGCAUCCAAUAUCUGGGUUGCCUAGAGGGGCAAGCCAAAGAAGCUGUCUCAGAAAUUUCUUUGAAAGAGCUGGACUCCAGCUUGUGCUUUUUAAAGGAUAUUUUUAGUGCAUAUAGAAGCAGUAUGUCUGGCCCCUUCCCUCCUCUCUCCUAGAGCUCUCCCAGCAGCAUAGGUGUAGUACAGUGAGCUGCUACACCAUGUGGGGCCUGAAGACUUGCUCCAGCAAGAAGAGGCUCUGUCAGCCUCCAGAGAAAUGAUAUCACCUAAGCCGAGUACCAGUGUACAGGACAACAAUACUGUAAGAAGACAGUCAGAAAGCCAGUGCCAUCCUCCAUGGUUGGUCACCUGCUGGGGACUGUGUGCUCAAGUGUUACCCUCAGAGCUGGGGCUAAUGAGGAAAUGCUGGCUUCCUUUUCCACCUACACUGUGCUGCUUGAUGAACUGUCCCUACCACCUGCUGCUUUCCUCCCUUGUGACAGCAGCAUCCUCAUCCAGGGGUGCCACAGUCCUGUUGUUAGGAGGCUGGUUUAAACAAGAGCAAAGAGGACAGGUCCCAGGGAAAUGUGUCUGGUAUGCCCUCUGGGAGCGUCUGCCCUCCUGUUGGCAACAUCCUGUUGAACAGUGAAAGGAGGCAGGCUCAGCCCUGCCUGAGAGAAGGUGCCUUGCUUGCCUGUAUUGUUAGCUGCAGAGGCUGUAUUUUAAUUAUUUAUUAGAGCACUUCCCUUAGCAAGCAACAGCUUUCCCAAAAGCCACACCAUUCACCUAACUUUGCUCCUGUGGUAAGAAGGAGCAAAUUUAGGCCAGCCCAAAGUGUCCUCUGCCCUCCCCUUUGAACAAUGAACUACUCUAUAAAAUUAUAAAUGUUUAAACAAUGAAGGACCUCCCAUGGCAUCUGCUGUUAAAUCUUUGCCAAGAGUCAGCUUGGGUACAGGCCAGAGGUUUAUUUGGACUGAGAAGUAGUACAUCACAUAGCAAUGCAAGGUUUGAAAGUGAUACAAAGUAUAAGGGCAGGAUUUUUCUCUGACAUAAACCAUUAUAAUUAGUAGCCACUCUCUAGCAGUGGUCCUGUAUGUAACUCACCUAAAUGAGACCAGCACAGCAAGAUACUUUCUGUCUAAGCAGGCAAGGUUUCAGCUUUGCCUUGGGCCAAGUGAAUAUCCUGGUGUAAUGACAAAGCAGCUAGCCAAGCUGCCGUGGAGACUUGUUUGAUGCAAAAUCCUCUGACUCCCCUGCGCCUCUUGACAGAAGAAGGGAUAUUGAUGAUAUCCAGUCUGUGUCACUGCACAGGGCAAACUCGAUCAGUGAUAUAAGUCUUAAAUCACUUACACGCUUAUGAAAACCUCAUGCUCAGUGCUGUCAAAUUCUGAAAGACUGUAGGAUGAGAACAGGGGUGGGUUGUGUGGGUUUUUUUUAAUUUGUACAUAUUCAUGACAACUAUGUCCUCUUACUUGAGGCUGGGAUUAUAACUUGACUAAGAAAACAGAGUUUUUUGGCAGUUUGAAAACUUCAAAAUCACUACUCUUUGCCUGAGGUACAAUCUGAGGCUUACAUUACUUGGUGAACGUGUUUAAGUGAUGCCUUUAGAUGUGUGUAUGUAUUUCAUAGGUAUAGUAUGGCUUCUGUGGCUCAGCACUCCAAAGCCUGCUGUUCUUUUCUGAGGCUUAUUUUGGUCAAAGCACUUAAGCAGCUGCAAACUUUGUUAGGAUGCUUGUUGUUCUAGUUGUUCUCAAAUUAGAUUAAACAGUCAUCAGGGCUUUCGCAGAUUUAGGGUAUCCCUUGAGCUGCCUUGAUCUCCAUGUGUUUGUCCACCAGUGGCUGUCUGUUGUUCUGCAUGUUGAAAGCAAAGGCAUACAUAUUUGAGAGUCUAAGCAAGGAUUACUGAGUGGGAUUUUCUGCUAGCUCAACAGUGGGCUAAGUCUCUGUUGAUGUCAGUCGAUGCCUGAACUGGGAGCAUCCAUGCUGACUUCUGAAAAUCACACUCUGGGGAUCUAAUACACAGCUUUACUUCUGAAAAUGUUGACCUCGCUCUGUGAAAAUUCAGCAAGGGGACAUCAUGUCCAAAAGUGUCCAAGCAGGACAGGUGCCUGUGAUGUCUUCUGUAGAUACAGCCGUACAGCAGUAGUGAGGGUUUCAUUCUGCAACUGUACAGAUUUCCAGAAGAAUGUCUGGCUCAUCAGCAGGGAAAAGAAAAGCAGCAGGGCUGAAAUCUCUCUCUCGGGCGUCUCAUAUGCCUCCCAGAGGUUUUCCUUGGGAGGUUUAAACAAACUUUUAACAAGUUGCUGGUCUAAGUAAAAAAGACAUAUGGAAACCCCGUGGGUUUUCCUAUUGCACUCUAGUCAGGGCAACACUAGCAUUAUCUGCAUUAUCCCUGGAAAGGGGGAGCAAAGCCUGAGGGUGGGAUUCUUACCUGGAGUCAUAAAACUCUUAUCAUGCAGUUACCUGGAAGCACUUGAGCAACCUCAGUGAAGCCAUGCCUUUGUGCUUCACUGGACCAUGGCCAGAGUUUAUCAUGUCUUGCAGGACUGAGAUGAGAGUAGACUGUAGAUCAGGAUGAAAUGAAGAGGGACAUCCCCAUCACCUUGCUUUGGGUGAGCUGUAAUCCUUUUCCAGGCGCUAAACUUCUCUGCUGGGUUACCUGCCUCCCAUGGUGAUGUAGUGGGAAGAUGAGGGUAAGCACUGUUGCACUGAGAGUCACAGUUAGGAAGCGUCAUUUGCCCUCCACCUGAGCUGUUGAGGAGUUUUCCCUUAGGCUGAGAAAGGGGUCUGAAUUUUCAGUUAUCGUUGUGUGGUACCUAUAUGGGAAGAGUAACUCUUAGUAGUGGCAGUGCAGAAAAACAUUUUGCACAUGUAUGUAUGCACGCCCUGUGCAUCUCUUGUGUGCAGACUUAAUCUUACAGAGCGUGACAGCAGUCCUUGCAAGACCUUUCCUCUGGGUGGCCUCCUAUCCAUUUUGCCAAGUGUACGAACCUUCUUUCUGAUAACUUUGAGCUCAGUUUCUUCUCAUCACCGAAUCGUUGAAGUGUUUUUCAUGCAACACACUAGAGACACAGUCCUGGUCUCACUGCUUUGUGGUAACUUCCUAGUCUGCUGCGAAGCAGCAUUGAGGUAAUCACUAAAUCUUUUCCAGCAGCGUGAAAUUUGCUGCUCUGACUCUUGGGGCGGUCAUUGUCUCAGGUUUGAGGCUGUCCUACCACUAGGGCACCCUGUUUUGUCCCUGGGAGCAUGCAUGGCCAGAACAGCAUACCCCUCAGAGGUCAGAGUCAGAACUGUGCAGGCUUAAGUCAAGUCCUGGACCAUGGGAGGUGUUUCCAUGUGCUGCUGAUGUCCAUAUGGACUCAAACAUAUACUUGCUUACAUAGAGAUGCUUUCCUGAAGCAGAUUUGUCACUCUUUUCUACAGGUACCACAGGAUGCCCUCCCUUAUUCUGCUUCAUGUAACUGGUACUAGAAUGAUCAUUUCCUGAUAAAUGAAGGCACUUAAUCAGUCCUCUUCCCCUUGGAAGAAGGACUUUUGGGGAUAUUGUUAUAUCAUUUAAAAUAAUAUUUUGGAAUUUAAGUUUACAUUGCUUUAUUUUUCACUUGAGGUGACUGUAUAUAAAUAUUUUCCUCUAUUUUAUCAUUGCUGAUAAAGUAAGCCUACGGUAUACAGACAAAUAAUUUGCCUUUGAUGUAUUGAAACUGUGAGAUAUAAAGUAGACUCCUCUCUUGUGUCCAUGUUCCUGACUAUAACUCUGUUCCUCUGUGUUUUUAUAAGUUGGACUACAUGUUGCUUACGGGCAACAGAGAGCCUGCAAGCUUCCCAAUAAUUUUUAUGUUAUUGAAAUCGAGCAACCCUAGUGAAGGAUCUCACAUAUGUAUAAUGAUAUAUGUAUAUGUACAAACUUUAGAAAGAAAUAAACCAAAUGUAUUUCA